ACUUCUUGGCUGAGGUGGACUUUCCUUGAGGGGUUUGCUGCAAAGCCUUCUGUUUAUAUUCAGAUCUACUCCUCUAGUCAACCUCAGAAUUGAGGGAAUGUUUCUUUCCAGCAGUUUAACAGCCCUGUCGGCGCGGCCCCACAUGGCGCUGCCCGCAGCCCGCAGCGCGGCGUGGGGCCCCUCAAUGUCACCCCCCCCGCUACCCGCCCCCGUCCCCGCGGUGGGACUGCCGCCCGGUGCCGCCCCUGCCCCCGCUCCACCCGCCUCGUCCCGCCCUCGCCGCCCGGUUGGCUGCCGCCGCGCCUUCGGCCUUUCCAAUAUGGCGGCGCCCAGCAGAGCGGCGAGCUGUGAGGACUUCGCCGAGUUCCAGGAGUUGCUCAGAGUGAUGAGGACGAUUGAUGACAGAAUUGUCCACGAGUUAAACACUACAAUUCCAACAGCUUCCUUCGUAGGGAAAAUCGAUGCCAGCCAGACAUGUAAAGAGCUCUACCAGUCUCUGAUGGAAGCUCACACCAGCAGAGAGAGAAUCAUCAAAAACUGCAUCGCUCAGACUUCCAGUGUAGUGAAAACUCUCAGAGAAGAGAGGGAAAAGGCACAAGAUGACGUAGCAUUAUUAAAGCAACUCAGGAAAGAGCAGACAAAGUUGAAAUUGAUGCAGUCGGAGCUGAACGUUGAAGAAGUGGUAAACGACAGAAGUUGGAAGGUAUUUAAUGAACGUUGCCGAAUUCAUUACAAGCCUCCAAAGAGUCAAUGAUAUUAAGUACUUCCCAUCAAGGUGGUCCAUAACCAUGAGAGCCAAACUGGAAAGAGACCUUGGGCGAGCUGAAUUGGGACCCUCCAGAGCCAGGAGAACCCAGUCCUGUUUUGUUUUGGACCUACUCUAGCUGGAAUCUCAAUUUAAAUAAUUCUCCUCUAAUUAAGAGAAAACAACUCAUCUUUUGUACAAAAUAUGUGAACAAAUGAGUUUUAUAGUAUUAAAAUAAUUUUCAAA